GAAGUAUGGAGAAUGCUGUCUGCAAAACUAGUGAAUCAGAGGAAGACUAUGGUGAGGAAGAGGAGUCAGAGGAGGAAAAUGUUAAAAGGGGCGCAGGCCCCUCUAAUGCUUCGCAGCAGAGCAACACUGAGGCAGGUGGGAGCGGGGCCCCCUCUUCCACUGUCAAAAAGUUGCAGAAGAAAACAGCAGCUCCCUCUGAGCCAGAGGACUCAGAUGUUGGGAGGAAAAAGAGGCGGCGGAAAAGAAGGGUCUUGACUAUCAACCUGACCAAUUGCAAGUAUGAAAGUGUUCGACGAGCAGCUCAGCUCUGUGGCCUGAAGGAGGUGGGGGAGGAUGAGGAAUGGACAGUGUACUGGACGGACUGUUCUGUCUCACUGGAGCGCGUUAUGGACAUGAAGAGGUUUCAGAAAAUCAACCACUUUCCAGGAAUGACAGAAAUCUGUCGCAAAGAUCUUCUGGCCCGAAAUCUCAAUCGUAUGCACAAGCUCUAUCCUUCUGAGUACAAUAUCUUCCCCCGGACCUGGUGCCUUCCUGCAGACUACGGGGACUUUCAGAGCCAUGGACGUCAGCGAAAAACUCGUACUUACAUCUGUAAGCCAGACAGUGGCUGCCAGGGACGGGGUAUUUUCAUCACUCGGAAUCCUCGGGAGAUCAAACCAGGAGAGCACAUGAUCUGUCAGCAGUAUAUAUCCAAGCCCUUCCUCAUUGAUGGCUUCAAGUUUGAUAUGAGAAUCUAUGUCCUGAUCACAUCCUGUGACCCACUUCGUGUCUUCAUGUAUGAAGAAGGCUUAGCCCGCUUUGCUACGAUGCCUUACAUGGAACCCAGCAUCAGCAAUCUGGAUGACGUCUGCAUGCACCUGACCAACUAUGCCAUCAACAAACAUAAUGAGAAUUUUGUCCGAGACGAGACCAUAGGCAGCAAGAGGAAGCUGUCAACACUCAAUACCUGGCUGAGGGAUCACAGCUACGAGCCAAAAGAACUGUGGGGGGACAUCGAGGACAUCAUCAUCAAGACCAUAAUCUCUGCUCAUUUCAUCCUUCGACACAACUAUCGAACCUGCUUUCCACAAUAUUUGGGUAGUGGCACUUGUGCCUGCUUUGAGAUCCUUGGCUUUGAUAUCUUACUGGACCAUAAGCUGAAGCCCUGGCUACUAGAGGUCAAUCACUCUCCGAGCUUCACCACAGACUCAUGCCUUGACCGGGAAGUGAAAGAUGCACUUCUUGGUGAUGCCAUGAACCUUAUCAACCUACGAGGCUGUGACAAGAAGAAGGUGCUAGAAGAGGAUAAGCGGAGAGUUAAGGAGAGACUUUUCCAGUGUCAUCAGCAACCACGAGAACCCCGGCGAGAACAGAUGGAGUCAUCAAAUGCAGCAAUGCUGGACCAGGAGAGGUAUGAGAACUCCCACCUAGGCGGUUACCGGCGUAUCUACCCUGGGCCAGACACUGAGAAGUAUGCACCUUUCUUCAUGCACAAUGGCUCCCUUUUCCAGGAGACUGCUGCCUCUAAAGCAAGGGAAGAAUGUGCCAGGCAGCAACUGGAGGAGAUCCGCCUGAAGCAGGAACAGCUUGAGGCCACAGGCAACAAGAAAAGGAAAGAAAAUAAGGAUGUCAACCAGGGCGAAUCAGCAGGAGAGAAGAACAGGUCCAGGGUAGGGCCCAAGAGCCUGCCUGCUCGUUUGAACUACAUAAGGUCCAGGAACCAAGAAAAGCAGCUUCCAGCAGUACACGUGGACACCAUGCAGCCUCAAGAAAUUGUGGAGGAGGAAGAGCUGGAGCGGAUGAAGUCCCUUCUCCAAAGGGAGAAUCUUAUUCGAAGUCUGGGUAUUGUAGAUCAGCUCACCCGCAUGCUGCACCCUCCUCCACGAUCCCAGAACAAAUUCCCUGCAAGUCAGGCUAGAUUCCACCAGGACGGACUUGGCAACCGAGACGUGCGGUCUGUGAAUCUCAUCCCUUUGUCCCUUCUAAGAGAAGGGUCCGUCCCAGAACUGGGCCCUAACUUCAUACAACCAGUCCGGACUCACACAUUCAUUCCCAACAUCCUGGGUCCACUGUCAAACAUGAGAGCAACCAUCCCCCAUCCCUCCCAGUGCCAGCUGCAGCCCAAGAACCUCAACUGGUUAGGUACCUCUUCUACAGGAAGUGGCUCCUGCUCACUUACAAUGAAGAAGUCAGGCAGACGUUAUUUUUCCAGUGCUCGAGGCAAGCACCAUAGCCAGGGCCAAACAAACCGAAGGCUAGAAGCCAUGAACCGGGCAUUUGCUGGAUCAGUGCCACCCACCCUAACCCCAAGGCAGGGCUACCUUCUGCACCCUGAGAGAGAGGCAAGUGACUCGUGGGCUGGCUGCAGCUUGCCCUCUAUGACGGAAUCCAGGCACAGAGCCACGACCCGCGAACUGACCCUGUGUCCUGCCUCAGCACCUCUUCUCCAGCACUCCAAUGCACUGGGUCUCCUCAACAUCAGCCACCACAGGUGAUGGACCUGAGCCCAGGGCCGGAAGAAUGAACCUACUGGUCCCUGGAAAUCAGAGAGCGGAAGUACCAUCUGGGCCGAAAAGAGAGCAGGAGACUGCUCCCUAGGUCCGACCUCGGACCCGAGCCCAGCGCGUAGCAACGCAGAGCCGAGCCCGGAGCCCAGGGACCGGCGUGGGGCUGCCUGCGCUUAGGAGGACGUCGGCGUGGUGCGGUGUGACGUAAGGCCUGGCGUGCGCGCGCGCCGGGGGAGGGGCGCGCCGCCUCCUCUCGGCCGCCCUUAGCCGAUGGGGCCACUCGGGGGCAGCCGCAGCUGGAACCGAGACUGAGUUCUUUGCAAUUGUAUCAGUCUUUUUAUUAAAGUUUUAUAGAGUUUG